AUGACGAGUCAUAUUCCGGCCAGUCUAAAGUCCGCGGACAUUGGGCGCUUUGCCAUCCGGGCAGCCCAAAUUGAGCGGGUGAAGCCCGUUGUGGCCUAUUGGUGUAAUUUCUGGAUCGUGAAUCAGAUAAUUGAGCGAGGUCUUCAUACGUCCGACGAUGAAGUCAAGCUCUACACGACGGAGCUGGUGGAGAAGCUGGAACAAUUCAAAAGUGAGAACCCUGAUAACGACACGGUGCUUGAUGCUGUCGCUGCGAAUGCCUACGUGGAGCAGUUUGGCCUGGAGGUCUUCAACCGGGCGGAAGCGACGAUGAGAGCGAACAAGGUGACCAAACAAACAGCAGAUACCUUCCAGGCCGCCGCUACGUUUCUCGAACUCUGCCAGGUCUGGAACCCCCUCGAACCCGAAAUCGCCGCGAAAGUCAAAUUCGCCAAAUACCAUGCGCUCAGAAUCGUGAAAGCGCUCAAAGCUGGAGAGGAUCCGAACGCGUCAAACCCGGUCAUUGAGGAGGAUAAAGAUAUAGAAAGAUUGCCAGUGGAUGAAAGCGAACUCGAUGUGCAAGCGCGACAGCCGUCUGUGGAGGAGGUUCCGGAUGAAUCAGACCGUAUCCAGCAUGACAUUGCGCGGCAGUCAUCUUUGGAUGAGUCGCUGCAUCCUUCAAGGUCCCCCUCGACGGUUCGGCCGCAGCAUGCUGACGGUUCGAUCCAUAUACCGGAUGUCCCGACAGGCGCUCCACGCACGCCUGCUGGAGAAACAAGCCCCAGUAUUGACCAUGGCCCGACGUUGGACCUUCCUUCCGCGCCGGCCACUUUCGCGUCUUCUUCAGCAUCGAUACCGAAUCUGCCAGAUACGCCCGUGGACCUGAGUGCUCAUCACAGCACUGCUCCCGAUUCGUUCCAGUCAUUCCCGCCGCCGUCGAACAUCCUCCCGCCAAGCGCUCCUGCUUCUUCUCAUGAUCCGAAUGCUUUUUAUAACCAACCCAGUGCCAGAGUCUUAACCCCGCCACCUGCGCAAUCCCAUUCGCGGUCGGUACCGGUUUAUUCACGACCGGCUCAGCAACAUACCCCUGCACCUGCGGCUUCAACCUCGAGUCAGGUGAAUUCACACAACGUCAGUGACGACGCCAUAUCAUUGGCACAAAAGCAUGCCCGCUGGGCAGUGUCUGCACUUACAUUUGAUGAUGUCAACACCGCAAUCAAAGAACUCAGGGAAUCUCUGAGAUACCUCGGGGCGGAGUAG